CACACACACACACACAAAAGUAUGCAACCACCAUUCACUUCAUAGUUCCCUUGUCAGUUCUCUCUCUCCCCCCUCUCUCUCUCUUUCAUCCUCAAAAAUCCUCUGCAACUACUCCACUCAUCUCUCAUCAAAACCUCCCAUCAAGCCACAUCUUUCUCUUUCUCUCUCUCCUCAAAACUCACCUCAAGAACACAAAUCUCUCUCCUCCCACACAAACCCUAGCAAAAAGAAAGUAGAACAAGAGCAAUAAGAAAAAAAAACCCAAAGAUCAAAUUAAACAAUUCACCAAGAAAAACCGUCAAAUACUAUUUAUGGAGCUUUUCCCCGCACAACCGGACCUCUCCUUACAGAUCAGCCCGCCAACCGGAAAGCCCACGUCGGCCGCCACGUGGCGGUCAUCAAGACCACCGCCCAACGACGACGACCACGGCAUGAAUCCCACCGACAUCUGGAAAAGGGCAGCCCUCCACUCGUCGGCCCACCACGGCCCGUCAUCGAGGGUUUCAUCCGCGGGGCCCACUAACGAGAUCGUAAGCCAGCAGCUGAGCCUGCUGAGGCCCAUCAGGGGCGUCCCAAUCUACCAAACCCAUGUCCAGCCCAAUUUCCAGUACGCUCAUCAUCGUGGGCUGGGCCUGGAGGCUGCGGCGGCGGCCCAAAUGCAGGGAGGCUACGGGUCCCAUCAUCAGGGGAUGGUUCGGUCGAGGUUCCUGUCGAGGUUCCCGGUCAAGAGGAGCAUGAGGGCCCCACGGAUGAGGUGGACCACGACCCUUCACGCGCGUUUUGUCCACGCGGUUGAGCUAUUGGGCGGCCAUGAAAGAGCUACUCCUAAGUCUGUUCUUGAGCUCAUGGAUGUCAAAGAUCUCACACUAGCUCAUGUGAAGUCCCAUUUACAGAUGUAUCGAACGGUGAAAUCGACUGAUAGGGCUGCUGCUACUUCAGGACAAUCUGAUGUGCUGGAAAAUGGGUCUUCUGGAGAUACCUCAGAUGAUUUUCUAUUCGACAUUCAAAAUUUACAUAAAUCUGAAGCAUCUUCCAAACAAGGAAGACAAAAUAUUAUGAAUAAUAUUGAUAAGGAUUACAAUGGUCCAUGGAGCAAAUCUUCAAGGGAAGCUUGGAUGCAUAAGAGAGCAGGGGAUUUUGACGUAGGCAACUUACAAUCCAUUGAGAAGGAUAUUGAACCAAAACUCCCGAGCAGUUAUGAGAGAACAUCACAAGCUUUGAGCCCAUCGUCGAGUCUAUCAAGAUCAAGCUCGAAAGAGAAGCCUAAUCUGGAGUUCACUCUUGGAGGGCCUCUGUGAUUAAAAAGUGUCGAAAUAUUCGGGAUUACGUAUAAGAUCAUUAGUUAUAAUGGAACUUAAUUAUUACAUAUGUGUAUGAUCUGAGGGAAGAGAAUUAGGUGCCCAAUGAAUAUAAAAUCAAAAUGGUACAAAAAGAAAUGAAAAAGAGAGAAGGGAAGGAAAAAAAGGAAAAGUGAGGUUAGAGCUAAAGAAAGACAAAAGGAGACAAGAAAGGAAUGUGAUUGAUGUCAAAGUUGUGAGAUUCAAAAUCAUCCCACAAUUAAAUAUAGUAAAUAUGGAAUAUAUAAAUGGUUUUGUGCUUUUAUGCAUUUUGGGAAAAAAAUAGAGUUUGAGGAAAGAGUUAUGUACAAGGUAUUCAUUAUAUAUUGUGAAUUUA